UAUGACGUUAUCUAAAUCUUUUUCAUCUAGAUGUAAUCGCAUGAAUUGCUCUUGAUUACUGGACCGAUCAUUUAACGUUCAUACAUGGAAUUGGUCGUAUCGUAAAUAUGAAGAAAGUAUAUCUUGCUGCUGUCGCAGGAAACCUGGGUAUGCUGUCGAUCGGCCAAUUUUUUGGUUGGGCAUCGCCAUCCUUGCCUGUACUAAUACAAGGUAAUUACACCGAAUAUCCUGUACAUUUAACCAUGGAAGAAGCCUCUUGGGUAGCAGCUUUACUUACACUCGGUGGAGCUGUGGGUUCUGUUGCCUGUGCAUUUAUGGUGAAUAUCAUUGGCAGAAAAAACACCAUGUUAUUUACAGCUGUGCCGUCGAUCAUCAGCUGGUUGAUGAUAAUCUUCGCAACAUCGUCGUGGGAGCUAUAUAUAUCUAGGUUGAUAUCCGGACUGGCUGCAGGUAUCGCUUAUUCUGCUACGCCGAUGUACUUGGGCGAAAUUUCGCCACCAAAUAUCCGCGGUAUUUUGGCAUCCAUGUUGACGGUCGCUGCGAAGAUCGGCACUUCAAUCGAGUACAUAAUAGGCCCGUUUCUCUCGGUGAAAAAUCUCGCCCUUGUGUCUUUGGUGUGGCCAUGCCUGUUUGUGGUCGCUUUCAUCUGGUUGCCAGAGUCCCCAUACCAUUUGAUACGCCGCGAUGCUGGACAAAAGGCCAUAAACUCUCUUGUUCAAUUGAGAGGCAAAGAGGAUGUUUAUAAGGAGAUGAAUAGUAUCAAGCAAUUCGUGAAAGCUGAUAAGGCUAAUGAAAUUAGUUUUCGAGAAAUUCUAUUUGUGCCGGGUAAUCGCAGGGCUAUAAUAAUCUUGUUCUGUCUGGCUGCAUUUCAACAAAUGAGCGGCAGUCAGGCCAUAGUGCAGUAUGCUGAAAUAAUUUUCGACGAAGCAAACGCUAAUAUGGAAGGCAAGCACUUGACUAUGAUACUGGGCGCCAUUCAAGUGAUAUUCACGAUUAUCUCCAUGAUCAUUAUUGAUCGUAUUGGUAGGAAGCCGCUGUUGAUAAUCUCAUCCAUUGGCUCGGCAUGUUCAACCGCCAUGGUCGCGGCGUAUUUUAAUUUGCAACACAAUCAUGUGGAUACCAGCGAGUUAGGAUGGUUAGCUGCCACCGGUGUGGUUAUGUACAUAGUUAUGUAUUCCUUGGGUAUGGCUUCAUUAUUCUUCACUUUGGGCAGUGAAUUGCUUGCUACAAACGUGAAGGCUCUUGGCUCCACGAUAGCUAUAUUCACGGUCAAUCUAUGGGCUUUUGCCGUGACAAAAUUGUACAUGGUUAUAGUCGAAAGUUCUGGCAUACACAUGCCAUUCUGGAUUUUCACCGCAAGCAGUUUUGCGUGUGCGCUCUUCACAUUUUUUUACGUACCUGAAACCAAAGGUAAAACUCUGGAGCAGAUACAGCAGAAGUUACACAAACCACCGAAUAAGUGAGAAUAAGGAAGAAAUUUUCUG